CUCCACUGAUUGCUGCUAGUCAGAGAGCAGUGAAGGAGGGGGUCGCCUAAAUGUGGGGACACUUCCUGUUUCUGCCUUUUUAUGGGUUUAACUCUGCUGGAAUCCACUGGACAGAGACCAGAGGAGCAGGAGGACGCCUACAAACAGCUAGCCCGGAAAAUGUAUUCACACACAUUCAUUCAGCUGGAGUCACCUGUUCUGCUGUCAGCAAGAAGGAAAGAGUAACUGGUCAGCUGCAAGACAAAGAAGAAUUUCUACAGACAAUGGCCUCUUCAGGAAACAUGUUGCCCGAGAAGCAGUUCCACUGCACCAUCUGUCAGCAAGUGUUCACCAACCCAGUGACUACUCCCUGCGGACACAACUUCUGUCAAGCCUGCAUCCAGAAUGUGUGGGACAGCAGCGAUGCCUGCCAGUGCCCCAUCUGUAAAAAAUCCUUCAGCCCUCGGCCCGAAAUAAGCAUCAACACGGCCUUCAAAGAGCUGGCGGACACGUUCAGGCAGAUAAUAGUCUCCUCAUCUGCUUCACCACUAUCCGCCGCCAAACCCGGCGAGGUGGUAUGCGACGUCUGCGCCGCCACGUCCCUGCAGGUGAAGGCCCUGAAGUCCUGCCUGGUGUGUCUGACCUCGUACUGCGGAUGCCACCUGGAGCCUCACCAGAGGGUCGCCACCCUGAAGAUGCACAAGCUGAUCGAGCCAGUGAAGAACCUGCAGGACAGGAUGUGCAAGAAGCACGAGAGGCUGCUGGAGAUGUUCUGCAGGGACGAACAGAAGUGCGUGUGUCAGUUCUGCACCGAGACCGAGCACAAAGAUCACCAGGCUGUCACGAUAGAAGACGAGAGCAGGGAGAGGAAGGUUCAAAUGAAGAAGACUGAGGCAGAUUUUCAACAGAUGAUCCAAGAGCGAAUGAAAAAAGUGGAGGAGAUAAAAAAUUGUCUUAAGCUCAGCACAAUGAGUGCAGAGAAGGAGGCGACGGAGAGCGACCGCCUCUUCACCUCUCUGAUUCGCUCCAUUGAGGAGAGACGAACCGAAGUAAACACGGAGAUUAAAGAGAAGCAGAAAGCAGCAGAGAGGAGGGCGGAGGAGCUCAUCGGCGAGCUGCAGCAGGAAAUCUCUGAGCUGAAGAAGAGAAACACUGCGCUGGAGGAGAUGAGCAACACUGAGGACCAUCUGCACCUCCUGCAGAGUUAUUCCAAUCUUACAACACCUCCACCCACCAGAGAGUGGACAGAGAUCAGAGUCCACCCUGAGCUCUGUAUGGGGGCAGUGAGGACAGCGUUGUCUAAACUGGAUGACACGUUGAGUAAGGAACUGGACAGUUUGAAGGACGAAGAGAUGAAGAGGAUGCAGAAAUAUGCAGUGGAUGUGGUGUUAGAUCCACACACCGCCCAUCCAAACAUUUUCCUCUCAACUGAUGGGAAGCAGGCAGGACGCGGCGAGCUGCUGCACAUCGUUCCCGACAACCCCCAACGCUUCGACCCAGUCAUCUGCGUUCUGGGAAAGAAAGGCUUCCUCUCUGGGAGGUUCUACUACCAGGUGGAUAAUGUUAUUAUUAGUAAUGGUGAAAUGUCAAAUAAAGUGUCGCUAAUUGUCAUAUUCUGUUCUACCAAUCAGGUAACAGUGGGACAAAAGACCUUCUGGGAUCUUGGUGUGGUCAAGGAGUCCAUCAACAGGAAGGGCAUGAUCACCUCCAAGCCAGAGAACGGCUGUUGGACGGUGCGUUUGAGGAAAGGGAACGAAUAUCGAGCCCUGGACUCCCCGUCCGUACGUCUCUCUCUUACAGAGAAGCCUCAGACUGUGGGAGUGUUCACGGAUUACGAGGCAGGAACUGUGUCGUUCUUCAACGUGGAGACCAGAUCGUACAUCUACACCUUUAAUGGGUGUUUGUUCUCUGAGAGGAUCUUCCCCUUCUUCAGCCCUGGGGUUUGUGAUGAUGGGAAGAAUACGGAGCCAUUGAUCAUCUCAGCUGUCAGUCAUGAGACUUAGACCCGUCACAGAACUGAUUUUGUACCUUGUAGUCCUUUUUUUUUUUUUUUUUCUAUUUAUAAUCUAUAAAUCUAAAUGAGUCUCGAUGAUUUAGUAUUUAUCUGUACAAGUAUCUGGUGUUUAUAACUGAGCAGUUUUCCAGUUCUCGGAAUAUUUUUUUGAGAUGAAUCCAUGACAAUGUGUUCAAGACAACAAAGAUUUAAGUGACAGACAAUACAUUUUGGUUUAGAAACCAAACCAGAUCAUAGCUUGGAAGCUAUUGUAGAUAAAGAUUCAGUAAGAAGGAAUGACAGUUUCAUCAGCUCCAUCUCCUUUUCCCACUGACAAAACGCAUCUUUGAACUGCUUGUCUUCCCUGUUUGUCUUGAAGAGAGGACAUGAUGAAAGUGUCCUCAGUGUUAAAUCCCUAAGGCCAAGAAGAAUUUAAACCACAUGGAUUGUCUUUGUGUCUUAAAAAAAAUAAUCAUUAUAUUAUUCUGCAUUGUUCAAAUAUGCACACAAAUAUGCUCUGGGGAUCUUGUCAACACCUACCUACACAACUUGAAUCAACAGAGCUUUGCAAUUUAUUUGUAUUGUGGACUCCUCAAGCUUAAGAGACCUUGAGAGAUUAAGUUUAAGAUUAAACUGUCUAUUGAUCCUGCAAUUUCUUUAAUGAUAUGUGUAGAAUGCCAGCUGAAAAACAGAAUAACCCCUCAACUCUCCUCUUUCUGUCAGUGUUCCUAUGGUGAUUUGUUUAUAAAAUAAAGAAGGAUUUCAUGAUGUUA